AAGGAUUAUACAGUGGUGGAUGUAUGUAUUUAACGUGAACAGUUAUUGGCUGUGAGGCAAGAAACAGUGCUGACUUCAAAGGCACAUUCAGUUUGACCUUACUAUCUUUUCCAGUCAUCCAGAGAUUUUGCCUGCCACCUGAUGCAAAAGUUAUAUACAAGGAUGCAACAGGGACAGAAGUUGAUGCAGAAAUAUUCAGCGACCUCGUUGGACAAGGCAAUGUGGUGCUGACAGUAUUCUCAGAUCAGGAAUUCUCUGAUUUCUCCUUGUCUUCUGCUUCUGAGACGUCUGACUCAAGCUUCAGCUCAAGUGCAUCAACUAUAAUCCUAGAUGAUGUCCCUAGCAAGAGACAAAGAAUUGAGGAUACACGUGAUGUCUGCUGAACAGUUGAUUGAAGCAGUGCUAAGAGGCAAGUCUGGGGGUGAAGAAGUACUACAGGAGUACCAAACAACAGAAACCCUAACAGAUGCUGUAAGAAGAAAAAUGGUUAACAUCCUGGUGGCUCACAUGAUUGACAAUCAUGGGCACCGCCCCACUAAAGCAAUCAGAGAAGACUAUGGACAUGGGAUAGUGAUGUUGUUCCCUUCCCUCAAGGAUCCAUACUCCAAGAAGGGCUAUGAACACUUCUAUGAUGCUGCAAGCAGCACAGGAUACAUUUCUUGGCGUCUGAAAACAGUCCAGAGGAAGAUUCGUCGAGGAUCUGCACUGCCACCAAAUAGCCCAAUUGACUUUUCUCCAGGGGACCCAAAUUUCCAAAGGACUGUUAAUGUUGAAAGGCAGCUUGAUGGUGAUGCUUGCCAAGAGGCCAUGUCUUUGCUCAACCAUACCACAGACAAUUCCCUGAUUUUCCAGAAGAUGAGAGAGACCUUUCAGCACCGUCAGAAGCUCGUUAAUGACCCAGGCAGAAGUGUUGAUAUCCUCUCCAGCUUCCCAAGAUUCCUGGAUACAAAAGGAUUGGUGGACCAAGACUUCACUCUCCUAUUUGAUGACGACACAUCCUCCAGGCUUCUUCAGAAAUGGGAUUUGUUCUUCAAGCCAAAUGUCAUAAAAGAGGCUAAGCGGCUCACCUCAACACCAGAGUUGCGUCGCUUGGUGCAGUCAGCAGAAAGUCCCCCAGGAAGUGAUCUUGAUGAGGCAACAAUCAUGCUGCAGUUUGGAGGAGCAUCUCCGCAACCAGCAGGGUCGGCAGCCGUACCUCCUCGCUGUUGGGCGUCAGAAGAGCAAGAUUGAGAGCUUCUACAUCACAAUGGAUAAGCGUCUCAUCCCAUGCAAGGCAAACCGCUCCCUCGGGGCAUGUGAUGAACUUUUCAAAGCACAUUUUGUGUUUAAUUUGUCUUACGAUGUGGCACUUGUGAAUUUUUACACAUUCCUGCAGACAACAGUGUAUAUAAACAUUGAUGUGGGGAAAAUGAAGGAGUCACCCAGAGUUAAAGACUUGAGAGCGAGACUGCUUAACCAGCCAGUAGCACUCUCACCCUGUGAGUAAGAAGCUAUAACAAUGUUGACCUGUUUCAUGUGUCAGAAAUAUUAUCCCAGCAGUCAACAGUUGAUUUCACAUUUAAGAGUUGAACAUGGUUACUAUCCUGAACCCAAGUUCAAAUUGUUUUGUUCUCAGCAAGGCUGUAGGCAUCAGUUCCUAACAUAUACAGGUUUUCGGAAGCACCUUAAUAGUGUUCAUAGUAAUGUUCAGCAAAUUGCUCAAACUUCAACUGUUGCAUGUUCAUCUAGUGAGCCAGUUGCAACUUCAUCUCAGGCACAUGCUUUGGAGGACACAUUUAAUCCACAAAAUCAAUGUAGCUCUUCCAGUGUUUAUUCUGAGAGCAAUGAUUCAGGACUUACUAAAGAUCCAACUAAAGAAAUGUGUGCAUCCAUCAUGGCCAAAUUACAGGGGAGUGGGAUUUCCAACAGUUUGGUAUCCUCAAUUGUAGGAGAUUUGGAAGAACUAACAAGUGAGAUUCGCUCACAAGCAAAGCAUACAGCUAUUUCUGCUUUACCUAUAACUGACCCCAACCUAUCUGUGAUAAAUGAAUAUUUUGUAGAUUAUGAAAACCCGUUCACAAAUCUAAAUACAGAAUGGAAACAAAAUAAAUACUUCCACCAAAAAUGGGGAGUUGUCGAGCCAGUAGAAAUAACACUGGGAGUGAGAUAUGACAACAGGCGAAAUCACAAAUCUGGUACAUAUGAUCAAGUACCUGUGAAGGAUACUUUUAUAUAUGUGCCGAUUUUAGAAACAUUGAAGUUCAUGUGCAGAAAUCCAGACAUUUGUGUUUUGCUAAAGAAAGAGUGUAGAUCAGAGCCUGACACUUAUACUGACUUUUUUGAUGGAAGUUAUUUUAAAACCCACCCUUUGUUUACAGCUAAUAGACAUGCAUUACAAAUCCAACUAUACUAUGAUGAUUUUGAAACAGCCAAUCCCCUUGGCUCCAAACGUGGAAUUCACAAAAUUGUCUCUCUUUAUUUUGUUGUAAGAAACUUUCCCCCCAAAUUUAAUUCGGUUUUGAUGAACAUUCAUUUGGUAACACUUUUCACACAAGAUCUGCACAAGUAUGGUUUUGAUGUUAUACUAGAACCGUUGAUAAAUUAUUUUUAAAAACUAGAAAGCCAAGGGCUAAGUCUUCCAUUUUCAGAUGAGCAGGUAUAUGGUACAAUCUGUCAGAUCGCUGGAGAUAAUCUAGGGAUGCACACAAUUCUUGGUUUUAAUUAGUCAUUCAGUUGCCCUCAUUUCUGUCGCUUUUGUUUGAUUGAGAAGAAUGAUUGUCAAACGGUAUACAGUGAGGAUGAUCCUAAGGUGAUCCUUCGUGGAAAAGAUAUGUUUGAAAUGCAUUGCCAGUCUCUCCAGGAAAACCCACAAUUGAAGUCACUUUAUGGUUUGAAAAAAAGAUCUACACUUAAUUCAUUGAAGUAUUUCCAUGUUUGUAAUAACUAUUCAUUUGAUAUAAUGCAUGAUCUUCUUGAGGGUGUGGUUCAGUAUGAGAUCAAAUUGCUUUUUGGAUAUCUCACACAACACUUUAUGUCAGAACAGGACUUGCUUUCCAGGAUUUAUGGUUUUGAUUAUGGAUUUUUAGAACGAAAAAAUCGUCCUACAAAGAUUAUUUUGGAGAGUGUUGGCAAUGGCAUUGGUUUGAAUUCUAUUCAGACAUUGUGUCUUGUGAAAAACAUCCCACUGUUGUUUGGUGACAUUAUUCCUGCAGGAAACAAAAACUGGAAUUUGUUUCUGUUGUUACUUCAAAUAAUGAACAUAGUUUUUUCACCUUGUCUCACUCUAGAUAUGACAAUAUAUUUAAAGCAUUUUAUUGUUGACCACCACAAACUAUUUAAGCACUUGUAUCCACAUAGAUACUUGAUACCUAAGCAUCAUUUUAUGAUCCAUUACCCAUCUUCUAUAAGGAAAAUUGGCCCCUUAUUAUAUACAGAGGGGAAAAAAAUUAUUUAGUCAGCCACCAAUUGUGCAAG